CACCAAUUCGCUUCGAGCAUCAUAUUAAAAUCGAUUAAUACAUACCACUCCCUCGUCCGCCCUGUAUGUCCUCCCGCGCACUUCGCAAGCUGCAGAAGCUGCGCGAGCAAGAGCAGCAGCAAGCGUCGUUACAAGCAGAAGAAAACGAUGAGUCAAGCGAAGAUGAGCCAAUAUCUCGACAUUCGAAGCCUAAAUUGAACGCCUUCGAUCUUCUGAAUGCCGCCGACGAUGAUGAGGACGAAACACAAGACUCUGACAAUGAUGUUCAGGAGCCGGUAACUCAGCCAGCAGAAGAUAUACAAAUCCCUGCGAAGCCGGAAGAAUCAAAGAAAAAGAGGAAGAAGAAAAGCAAGAAGAGGAAAGCUUCUACGAAAACCACCGGUGAAGCAGCAGCGAACAACAAGGCAGAUGACAAAGAAUUGGAUGAGAUUGAUCGAGCAAUAAGGGAUUUGGCGGUUGAGAAUCGUACCACACAAGGCGAUAUCACUGCGGCUGCAAUAGGCAACACUCGUGAUGCCCCGUUUUCAAAGACCCCAGCGGAGCUUCUCGCUGUUGACCCAAAGUUCCUCAAUGCGACAAAUGAAAUGCGAAAGCUUUUUGGGAAUGUGGUGUUGGAAAGCUUCGAUCAAGAAGAUGCUGGUACGGGCCGCAGAAGGGACAGGAACCGGGAAACAAUUGACCUUGGUCGCGCAUUGACUGGCCGAUACAGUCCUGCGAGCAGAGGUCAAAGCUUAGCUGGCGUCACACUGCGACGCAAUGUACUCAUGCAGGGCAAGGAUGAAUGGCCUCGUACCCCUAGUGGUGGUCUUGGGAUGGAGCUGGUAGAAAAGACUUCAACUGGGCCUACGGUCUACCGGAUCAUUCACAACUCCUCCUAUAAGGAUAUACAAAUGCAGUUUGACAUGUGUGUGGAGUCUAUGGACCCUCAAAGAAUGAUUCACCUCCUACAAUACAACCCGUACCAUAUCUCGACUUUGCUCCAAGUUUCCGAAAUAGCCAAGCAUCAAGGUGACCAUGCUGUCUCCGCCGACCUUCUUGAACGGGCACUUUUCAACAUUGGACGAUCGGCUCAUUCAUCGUUCGGUACCCGCCUUAAGGAAGGUCAGGCAAGGCUGGACUUUGCGCAUAUGGCGAAUCGUGAGCUGUGGCUCGUAGGUUGGAGGUAUAUUACCAACCUUGGAAUGAAGGGAACUUGGAGGACCGCUUAUGAGUGGGCUAAGCUGUUACUGAGUCUCAGUGACAGUGAUCCAUACUGCAUCAGGCUUUUGAUCGAUCAUUUGGCCCUAAGGGGCAGAGAGUAUUCCCAAUUCAUUGAACUUUGUACACAAACCCGAUUGAGUGAGGACUGGGCUUCUCUGCCAAACAUUCAAUGCUCACUCGUACUGGCUUACCUCCGUGUGAACAAGCCCAAGGAGUGUCGAGAGCAGCUUCGUCUUGCCAUGUCACGUUAUCCAUGGGUGUUUUGCAAACUUGCACAAGAGCUUGAUGUCCAACCCAUGCCGAAACAGAUCUGGGGCAAGAUGCCGCCGACUGACGCCCAUGACUUAUUCACGGAGCUUUACAUUACCCGGGCCAAGGAUCUCUGGAACACACCCGAAGCUAUCUCGCUGAUCGUGGAAGUUGCAGAUACAUUGGCAGAAGAAGAAGAGCCAAUUGAACCGCCUGAGAUCACGCUUGACAUCGCCCGCCAUGUGGUGCUGUCAGACAUUCCUAGAGUUACGACGCAUCUACCUGCGCGCUUUGUCUCAGGGCGGAUAUCAGCGUCCGACCCGCUCCCUCCCUAUGACUCGGAAGCUUUUCGCCAACAGUCAGAUCCCACCCCAUCAUAUUUAUCUCGGGUACCGGAGGCAGAUCGCCCACAGUGGCUACGCGGCCUUCUUGAUCAAAUGAACAAUGGCGCUAUUCGUUUUCCUCGGUUCCAACCCGGCGGUGAAGACGUGCAUGAUGAUGAUGACGAUGCUUUACCUGGUGAGAUUGAAGGCGAGACUAAUCAUGCACGUCCACACCCUAGCGCUGAUCAGCAGCCACUGCUUGAGCAAUGGCUCCUAGCAGAUGGAAUGCACAGCCUAGAAGCCUUUUUGCGCCAGUAUGGCGUCGAUCGCGGUAACUGGGGGGAGGUAGUCGACUACUCGCCCAUAACCGAGUAUGUGGAUGCUUUGAACGCCCUCCAGGCUGAUACUCGACAAAGCUUACUGCACGGCUCGAUUCGUGACUCUAUGGGCGAGAUGGUGAUAGAUUUGUUGGAGGAUGAACUUCAGCUGCUGGAAUAUGACGAAGAUGAGGAGGUGUGAUUAUAUGCACCCCUGAUGCAUGCAUAGCGAAGGAAUGAUAUACCUCUAUUUUCCUCCUCAUACCAUAAGCUCGAUUGUUCCUUAGUGAAUUUCAACCCUUUAAAAUCGUAGUUGCUAUGGUCUGAUGUAAACAGGCGAGGAUAUUGUACCCUUGUAAUUGAUACAAGGACUUUCCUUUGAACUAAGAAUACCAUCCACUAUAGAAAAUAUACACUGGGAAAUAAGACUGUGGGGUCGAUGUUUGUAAUUAUAUAUAAAGAACUAGAGAAGCGGUUAGGGCAAACGUCUUCCCUGUCCCUACAGAAUAAAAUACCAAGGCUUCCGCUUUCAGUCACUUGCAUUCAUUUUUGAUCGGCCAUAAAGUUCUAGCCGUUAAUUUUAGAAUAUUCUAUCUUAUCCACAUAAUACAAUUCAACUGUUC